UGAAAGUCCAUGACUGGUCAAGAAGUGGGGAAACAUUUGCGUUUGCGCUACAUUUCGUUUCCGCGGUACAUGAACGUGAAAUUCCCACCCAACACCCGAAAACACGACACGAAAUAUACAACAGUAAAUUAUUAACUGUUUGUACAAUUAUAUUUAACCCAAUUCUUCGAAAUACUACAACUUACGUGUUCGUAUAGCCAGGAUUAUCAUCAGCGUUGAUAUAUUAUAUCUUUCGGGAAUAACUGCCGAAAAUCAGUAUUAAAAUGACGAGCACACAUGAAAUCUACAAGAAGCAAAGAACUUCAAUGCAAGUGGCAACUAAUGUAACAGAACAGAAACAUCAUGUAUCCAGAGCAAAACGCGGUCAAAUCCUGGGACAUCUCCGAGGUUUCAGAGGAUGCACAGUUUGGUUUACAGGUUUAUCUGGAGCUGGCAAGACAUCAAUUGCUUUUGAGUUGGAAGCAUAUUUAGUAUCACAUGGAAUUCCUGUCUAUGGUCUUGAUGGUGACAACAUGAGGACAGGUCUGAAUAAAGAUCUUAGUUUUUCCAAACAGGACAGAGAAGAAAACAUCAGGAGGGUAGCAGAAGUAGCUAAGUUGUUUGCUGAUGCUGGGCAGAUUUGCCUCUGCAGUUUCAUAUCUCCAUUUGCUGAAGAUAGGGAUUUGGCUAGGAUUAUUCACAGGGAAUCAGAUCUGCCAUUUUUUGAGGUGUUUGUUGACACACCACUUGAAGUCUGUGAACAGAGAGACACCAAGGGGUUGUAUGUAAAGGCAAGGAAGGGUGACAUCAAGGGUUUUACUGGAAUAGACCAACCUUAUGAGACCCCAGAACAUCCUGAGCUUGUUGUCAAAACAGUGUCUUUGACAGUGGAGGAAAGCAUGCUGCAAGUGGUGGAGAUGUUGCAGGAGAAUGGAAUUAUUCCAAAGGAAGUUAUUAAUCAGGAUGUGGUGGAGGAGUUGAUUGUUCCUGAAGAAAGAUUGGCUGCUGCUAGGGAGGAGGCUGCUUCCUUGCCUGGGAUCAAUAUUAACUUGAUUGAUCUGCAAUGGGUCCAAGUAUUAAGUGAAGGUUGGGCUUCACCACUCAAAGGCUUCAUGCGAGAAAACGAAUUCUUGCAAACCCUCCACUUCAAUUGCAACUUCAACGGCAAAAACGCCAUCAAUCAAAGCAUACCAAUAGUAUUACCUUGCACAGCAGAGGAUAAGGAACGCUUGAACGAAACCUCGGGCAUUUCCUUGUAUUACAACGGCAUUUGCGUGGCUAUUCUUCGCAAACCUGAGUUUUAUCACCACCGCAAGGAAGAGCGCUGCGCUCGUCAAUUCGGCACCACUAAUAAGAACCAUCCGCAUAUCAAACUAAUCAUGGAAUCUGGCGAUUGGUUAGUUGGAGGUGAUCUUGAAGUUCUUCACCGUAUCCGUUGGAAUGACGGUUUAGAUGAGUAUCGCUACACGCCCAAUGAACUCCGUGCGAAGUUUAAGGCAAUGCGCGCCGAUGCUGUGUUUGCGUUCCAACUACGCAACCCAAUUCACAAUGGGCAUGCGUUGUUAAUGUCGGACACCAAACGACAACUUCAAGAACGCGGAUUUAAGCGUCCGGUGCUACUCUUGCAUCCACUCGGUGGUUGGGUGAAAGACGACGAUGUCCCACUGCCAGAACGCAUGCAACAACAUCAAGCUGUCAUGGAUGAAGGUCUACUGGACGCACAAUCAACCGUCUUAGCUAUUUUUCCCAGUCCGAUGAUGUAUGCAGGUCCUACCGAAGUGCAAUGGCACGCAAAGGCUCGUAUGAACGCCGGUGCUAACUUUUACAUAGUUGGGCGUGAUCCAGCCGGCGUGCCACAUCCAGAUGGAAAGGAAGCAAGUCUUGAUGGUAAUCUAUAUGAUGUCAUGCAUGGCGGGCGUGUUUUAAAGAUGGCGCCUGGCUUAGACACAUUGGAAAUCAUUCCGUUCCGCGUGGCAGCUUACGACAAACGCCAUCAAAGAAUGGCGUUCUUUGAUCCGAGCAGGAAAGACGAUUUUGAUUUCAUUUCAGGCACAAGAAUGAGAGCAUUGGCUCGCAGCGGGGAAAAUCCUCCGGAUGGUUUCAUGGCACCUAAAGCAUGGCAGGUUUUAGUCAGCUACUAUCAAUCUUUGCAUUUAUAAAAUGCAUUUUAACACAAACGGUCAAAACAUAUAUACAAACUAAUCUUAGUGGAUAUUCAUUCCUAUUUUUUAACUAAUGAUAUACAAUAUUAUUGCAAUUUGUUAACAAUUUCAAGGAGGGUACAGAUUUUAUUAAUUCAUGCGUUUAAUUAUUUAUUUUUAAUUCUGAAUUGAAGAUUUUAUCAUAGAGUUAUAUUUGAAACAAUUAUAUAUAACAUUAAAUGUUGUGUGAAGCAAACAAGAAA